ACUGCCUGUUUAGUAUGAUCCCCCAGUCUGAGAAGGUGUGGUCUGUCAGAAUGCGGGUGGGGAAAAUGGGGCUGAAAGCCUGCAGGUGAGACUGGUACAACACACCUGCACGCACGGAAAAUCACAAUGAGGACAUUAUUUUCUUUCUCCAAGUGUAAAUAAGGUUUAGUUUAACCAGUGUGUCGUCUGAUCUUGAGAAUGAGGCUGAUCAGCGCUGUCCUUCUGCUUUCCUCAGUCUGCAGUGCACAGUUCCAGCAGUGCGACAGGGAGGCUGGAAAACCUUACCGUGACUGCCCUGUGGAUGUGUACAUUGUGUUGGACACUUCUGAGAGUGUGGCUUUACGGUACAAACCCUAUGGCUCUCUGGUGGACAGGAUCAAGAAAUUUACCCUGGACUUUGCGGAUCAGCUGAACAGCAGGCACUUCGGCUGCGCAAGAGACCUGGUCUGGAGUCUGGGGGUCUUGCAUUACAGUGAUGAAGUCAAGAUUGUGAGUGAGCUCACCAGCAUUGGGGAAACAAUUGAGAAAGACCGGCUAAAGAAAGCCGUCCAGGAAAUCCGUUACAUUGGCAAGGGCACUCAUACAGACUGCGCCAUCUCUGCAGCCACGGGUCAGCUCAUUACAGGGUCCCCUCUCCAUGGUAAUAAAUACAUGGUUGUGGUAACAGACGGGCACCCUUUUGAUGGGUACAAAGAGCCAUGUGGUGGUAUUAGCUAUGCAGUGUCAGAGGCCAGAGGAAUGGACAUCAAGAUAUUUGCUGUGGCCAUCACUCCUGCUCAUAUGGACAUCCGCCUCAGCGCCAUAGCAUCAGAUAUCCCCUAUGUGUAUAACCUGACUGCCACCAGCAACGACCCUCGCCUGGUUAGAAACACCAUCGAUACCAUUGUGUCUCUCAUUUACAAGGACUCUGAAGAUUUGUGUUGUUCAUAUGAGUGCAAGGCUCCCAGGGGAUCUCAAGGGCCAGUGGGGGAUCCUGGAGAAGCUGGAACUCCAGGAAGACAAGGGAUGUCUGGGAGGCCAGGAGGACUGGGAGCAAAGGGAGCAACAGGAGACCCGGGGCCCUCAGGACACAGAGGCGACAAGGGUGACCGAGGUCCCAAUGGCGCGAGAGGGCCAAGAGGACCACCUGGACAAAAGGGGGAGAAAGGAGUUGGAGGAAAAGAUGGGAAGGAUGGCCCCAUGGGGGAGCCAGGGAUGUUUGGCUUGCCAGGGUGUAAAGGAGAUGACGGAGAUAAUGGGCUGCCUGGAGCUCCUGGACUAAGAGGAGACCCAGGUGCUUAUGGUGUGCCUGGGCCGAAGGGGGAAUCUGGACCUCCGGGAGAGCCAGGUCUGCCAGGACUAUCUGGGCUGAAUGGAGCAAAGGGGGAGUCUGGAAGACCAGGAGCAGAAGGGAACAGAGGAGACAGAGGUGAUGAGGGUGACUUUGGCAGCACAGGACCUCCCGGCACACUGGGUGUGAGAGGAGAGCGAGGACUCCGGGGGCCUCCAGGACUGCGUGGAGUUCAGGGGGAGAAGGGGGAUGCAGGCCCUGUUGGGGCUGAAGGACAUGAGGGGCUGGCUGGAGAUGUAGGCUCAGCGGGUCUCCGUGGAGUCUCUGGGCUUAAGGGACAUAAAGGAGAGCCAGGCCAAACUGGAACUGAGGGUGUUAAGGGUUUAAAAGGACCACAAGGAUCCCCUGGAGAUCCAGGUCCACCUGGUGUGAGAGGUGAGGAUGGACCUAAUGGCUUAGGAGAUCCUGGUUAUUCAGGCUUCCAGGGAUAUCCAGGUUUAAGAGGCCUGCCCGGAGUAAAGGGAAUCCGAGGACUGCCUGGACUGAAAGGUGAAAUUGGGCUGUCUGGUGACCCUGGGGAUGAUUUUGGUCAACCUGGUAGGGAUGGUCCCCCUGGCCCCAAAGGAUAUCCUGGACUACAAGGAGAAAAUGGACGUCCUGGACCAGUUGGCUUAGACACAGACGAAUGCAGAAUUUUGGAAGUAAUAAAGAAACUUUGUUGUAAGUAUUACUGUUCAAAACCCUCUACAUUAACUGUAUCAGCCUGUUUUUCAAUAUUCAGUACACAAGAAUUAUAAUGAUUGUGAAAAAGAUUGCAGUCCUAAAGCUUCUGCAAACAUUUUCCGUGCAAGAAACCAUUACGUGCCUAAAUAUGGUGAAUGAGUUUAGGCAGGACAUGCUUGCUACAUUUUAGAGCAGCAUUUUACCAUUAGAUGUAAAUUCAGAGCUAAAGCAUUUGCAGGUUUGUCCAAACUGUUAGCAGUGAUUAACCGGCCAUGUGUUCCCAAAGCUGCAGUGGCUCGACCUAAAAUGGUUUGUUCUGAGCAAAUAUUUACACAUACCAGUGAAGAAUGUUUCACUGCUGCUCUUCACAUAUUUUGUUGCCUAAACGAAUUGCGGCCAAAAAAGAAAGUCUGGGGUUGAUUCAGAGCCUUUACUUGAAUGCGGUUAACUGAGAGUGCUGGGUUGCUGGGAGGGGUGGAGUACUUUUUACUUUGGGACUGUAUUUAAGUAGUAUUGAAUAUUAAGUAGUAUUAAUACAAAGUUUGAUCCCAUUUUCUUCCCAAUUAACAAGGCCAAUUACACAACCCACACAUUAGGACUCCUAUCA